AUGAACUUUCGCACCCGGGCGCUGCUUGCGCUGCUCUGCGGGCUAGCCACCAUUCAUUGGAUCAUCUCGUACUGCUCGGAUGGGGGCCUGUUUUCUGUUGUCACCGAUUACGAGGAGCCCGGAGAAGUUACCCAACGUGAAUUGGAGCUGGCUGUUUUCGAGCCUACCUUGCGCGAUCCUGCCACCAGAUUACUUGAGGAAAAUUCAACUUUCGCCGUGAAUUCGACUGAUGAUUCCGUGUUCCACAUGCAACCCUCCACCCUUACGCAAUGCCCCGUUCAUCCACCAAACCUUGUCGGCCCUAUACGUGUUUUUAUGGAAGAGGCAAAGAUGGAGGACCUGGAAAAGGCUUUCCCGACUCUGGAAGUGGGCGGUCACUCCACUCCCACAAAUUGCCUCUCCCGCCAUCGGGUUGCGGUAAUCGUCCCAUUUCGAGACCGAUUGCCGCAUUUGAGAAUCUUGCUGCACAACCUCAUCGGGCUGCUUCAGAAGCAGCAGAUCGAUUUCGCCGUGUUCACCGUUGAACCCAUUCACAAUAACACGUUUAACCGGGCGAAAUUGAUGAAUAUUGGCUACAAAGAGGCGCUAAAGUUGUACCCGUGGAAUUGCUUCAUCUUCCACGAUGUCGACCUGAUACCAGAGGAUGACCGGAACCUCUACUCUUGCCCCCAGCAGCCCCGACAUAUGAGCGUCGCCAUUGACAAGUUCAAAUACAUCCUCCCGUACCGAUCAAUCUUCGGUGGGAUCUCGGCGAUGACAAAGGAGCACAUGGAAAAGAUGAACGGCUUCUCGAACGAUUACUGGGGCUGGGGCGGAGAGGAUGAUGAUAUGAGCAGCAGGGUUGUCUAUGCUGGCUACAAAAUUUCGCGAUAUCCAAAGGCAAUUGCACGAUACAAAAUGAUCAAGCACAGCGAAGAGAAAAAAUCAAACCCUGUCAACCCGUGCCGUCAUAAAUUAAUGGGGAAGACGCGGAGGAGGUACAAGAAGGACGGCCUAGCAAAUUUACGCUACAAAACGAUACGGGUCGAUAGAAAUCCGCUUUACACCCACAUCGAGGUGGACAUGUAUGAGAAGGAGAGCCGCGCCGAGCUUGCCAAGGCCGGCUUCCCUGGUUGC